AUGGCUAAGAUGACAACCAACCGGAUGAAACCACUUAUUGGAAAUCUAAUCUCGGAGUCCCAUAGUGCUUUUAUUCCAGGAAUAUUAAUUAUAGAUAAUAUUCUGGUGGCCUCGGAGGUUGGUCACUUUUUAAAUAGAAAGCAAUGCGGUAAAGUGGGGUGGGGAGCUUUGAAAUUGGAUAUGGCAAAGGCGUAUGAUAUGAUGGAAUGGCCGUUCUUGAAAAGAAUGUUGGAAGUAAUGGGAUUCGGUAAGGGAUGGAUUGAUCUGAUUAUGGCAUGGAGAUUUCUUUCUAAUCCAACCUCUCUUGCAGCUAGGAUAUAUAAGGCUCGUUACUACCCGGCAACCUCUUUUAUUGAUGCUAGAAUGGGAAAUUGUCCGAGUUACUGUUGGCGGAGUAUAAUGGCUGCACAUGAUAUGGCUUGCUCUGGGGUACGGAGAAGAAUUGGAAAUGGGGAAACAAAUUUGAUCUGGGGCAACCCUGGUUACCUGAUGAUCCUAGCCCUUUAG